GAUUAACGUUAACUUUAGGCCAUAAUGGCUAAUGUAGAGCACGACGUAUCAGCGUCUUUAUUGCGGGAAACGAAUGAAGUAGACCAGUCUCUGACAGACCAAGAAGCGAUUACAGAGACCAUGGAAGAGAACACUACAAUAGCGUCCUCUUUCGGCGAUGGGAUGUUUUUAUGGGAUAAUGAUUCACCCGCAGGGAACACUCCAUCCUGUGGGGACACGAGAAUUAUGGAGGAUAAAAUCUCUCGGAUUGAGAAGCAGCUUCAGUACCUGCUGAACAAGGCAGAUGAGUUUCAAACACAGCUGGUGUGGAGCCGAGACUGUGUCCAGGAUUAUGGGUUUGGCAAUAUCGUUCCAAUGUUUUUGGAAACCUGUCAGCCAUACUUCUCCCUCCUGGAGUCCACAGCCAGAAACUCCAACCCUUUCUGCCCACCUCAGUCUACAAAUAUCCGCACGCAGCUUUUGCAGUUCUCUCAGCAACUGUGUUCUCGUCUGGAGCAGCUGGUGUUGCUGUUUGCCUCCUUCAGCUUCUGUUCACUGGAGGAAUCUGAUCCGCUGAGUGUCUCACACUUCAGUAUUGGCCAGUGUCAAAUAGACAACAUGAAGGUGUCAAUCUUCCGCUACUGUUGCCCCACACCGUUUCUUGCCUCAUCCAGUACCGGCCUAUACAAACGAAUGCGCUGGAAUGUGGAGCGAGAGAUUGAGGCAGGCGGAGAGGGAAAGACAUAUGACAGCGCAGAGUUUUACUUUCUGUGCUGUGAGGAUGUCAUUGAGGCAGCAGAUGAUCAGAACAGAGACAGAAGCUCUGAAGGAGAAAGCACAGAAACUGACAGUGAGAGUAAAGUGUCAAGGAUCUGGUCUAUUGGCCGUUGGGUCCAGACGUACCCUGACCCAAACACAGAGGACACCAUUGAUUGGGUGUUAUGUUCGCUCCCUUGCGGUCAGUACAAGCAGCUGUUGUGUCUGGGAAACGAAGAGCCUUCGUCCUGCACUGCCACAGACUGCCUACUGGGGGCGCUGCUGUCUCAGGAAACGCACGGUACAUUUACCAUCAUAACAUGA